AGCCAAAGCGUGUGAACUAUCCAUCAAGAAGGAGAGUAAACGACGCAAUUUUUCGUUACGGAAAACCUUCAUUGAAUACUUCUUCUCACUUGGUUUGGCUUAUGAUUGGCAGAGAAUAUCAGAAAUACUACACUCCCACAUUCUUUGAUUUUGUUGCGUUGAUAUGCGCUUGGGCAUUCCUGCUUUUAACGUUUCCAGUUUCAAUAUUCUUCUGCGUCAAGAUUGUGAAAGAAUAUGAUCGUAUGGUUAUUUUCCGUCUUGGACGACUCUGGCAGGACAAUCCAAGAGGACCCGGAAUUGUGCUGGUUUUACCAUUCAUAGACUCGCAUAAAACCGUUGACCUAAGGGUAAUGUCUUAUGAUGUACCUACACAGGAAAUGUUAACAAGAGACAGUGUGACAAUUGGUGUGGAUGCUGCUGUCUACUAUAGGACUAGUGAUCCUAUUGCUAGCCUGGCUCGGGUAAAUGACGCUCACAUGUCAACUCGCCAGCUUGCACAGUCGUCAUUAAGAAAUGUAUUGGGCACAAGGUCAUUGGCUGAACUUAUGACUGACAGACAUGGUAUUGCAGUUCAAGUCAAGUAUAUUUUGGAUAGUGCAACCUUAUUCUGGGGAAUUCAUGUGGAGCGAGUGGAAAUUAAGGACAUACGCCUUCCAAGGGAGAUGUGCAGAGCUAUGGCAGCAGAAGCUGAAGCUCAAAGAGAAAGUGAUGCAAAAGUUGUAACUGCACAAGGAGAACUUGAUGCGUCAAUGGCAUUUCAAAAAGCUGCUGAUGAGCUUGCUGGUUCUCCAACAGCAUUGCAGUUGCGGUAUCUACAAACUCUGGUCAAAAUCUCUGCGCAUGACAAUCACACAAUAGUGGUACCAUUUCCAAUGGAAUAUAUCAAAAAGAAAAUUCGAAAAUGAAAAAAAUUUUUAAUCUGUAUUCCUAUCGAAAACCAAAAAAAGACAACUCCUUAAUUUUACAAUGUUAACUUUUUUAAUGAAAGUAUCUGUGAUU